UGAUGAGGAUAUACUGCGUAACCAACUGCGUGACGGAUUCCCAGGUGUGCCCAAGAUACUGUCUGUGUCUUUUCGUGCACAGAAGUGACCACUUUGUCGUUUUAUAAAUUUAACUGCAAUGGCUUUGCAUUUGUUUAUGCUGCAGUGCUUAAUUAGUUUAUUAAUUGGUCAGUCUCCGGUCAAAGGGCGUGUAGGACCAUGGAAACACAAGAUUCAAUGGGAAAACAACGGCCAGGUAUAUAGCCUAUUGAGCACCGGUACGCAAUUCCAAGCCCCGAUACAGGCAAAACGGGAUACUCAAAUCUAUCUGAGCACCAAAAGAGAAUCUAUUAGGCACCCUCCAUCUAGAUCGACAAGCAGGUCGCCUGGAGCUCGAGACAUGAAUGUAGAAUCUGAUCUAAACCAAAAUCACGGCAAUAUCCAACAAAGCGCAAGUCACUCUCAAACCAACGUGCACAGAAGCACAGACGCCAGGCGCACUGGUCCAGCCUCGGAUCGCAGGUCUGGAGCGAGGAACCUGCUGCGGGGUUCAUCCUACAGGGGACAGGUUGCAGGUUCUCCAGGUGCUCGAAGCGCGUCAGUGGGCGCGCGCUCUGGAGCAAAUGUUACACCGUGGGUGACUGACAGUGAUCCUACAGGCAGCGGAGUCCCAAGAGGAAGACGAAAUGAUACAAGGGACAACAAUAGCGUUUCAGUUUCAAGGGGGGUUCAUGUUUCACAAGCCAGAUCCACGGCGUUCACCCGAGGUCGCGGAGAUGAUGGUGCAGGGGGACCUCUGAAUCCUCUCGGCUUGGAAACUAGUGACAGAACAGCUCAAGUGGAUGAUCCCACAGCACUUUUUGGUGACGAUUCUAAUGAUGAUAGAUCCCCAAAUCUGCUUUCUGGAAAUAACAAUGGGGUUGGAAGAGAUAGCAUCAUGCCAGAGUCUGGGGAAACGGCAUAUCCCGACGACAUGGUUGGAGAUGAUCCACGGAAUCGGUUCAGAAACAGGAACACAGUUCUCCACAACGCCUACCGCCCCGGUGGGAGAACAAGGACUCCAUCGCGCCGUCCGCAAGGGACUGGACACGGCACAAGAUAUUUUCUCAACGGACUGCCAGACCUCAUCCCGGACCCGUAUUACAUUCAAGCAUCGACUUAUAUCCAGCGCAUGCAGAUGUACGCCUUGAGAUGCGCCGCCGAGGAGAACUGUCUGGCCAGGUCCGCAUACAGGCGCAGUGUCAGAGACAUUAACUUCCGGAUGCUGCUUCGCUUCCCCCAGAGGGUGAAGAACCAGGGCACGGCGGACUUCCUUCCCGUGAAGCCCCAGCACCAAUGGGAAUGGCACAGUUGCCAUCAGCACUACCACAGCAUGGAGGCCUUCAGCACCUACGACCUGCUGGACGUGUCCACCGGGCUGAAGGUCGCCGAGGGACACAAAGCAAGCUUCUGCCUGGAGGACACCACCUGCGACCCGGGUUUCAGAAGACGCUACGCCUGCACGGCGCACACGCAGGGAUUGGGUCCUGGUUGCUAUGACACCUAUGACGCCAACAUUGACUGUCAGUGGAUUGACAUCACAGAUGUUCCACCUGGGAAUUACGUCCUCAAGGUUACAGUGAACCCAACUUUCCAAGUACAGGAAUCGGAUUUUUCCAACAACGUCGUGAGGUGUGACAUUACAUACACUGGAUCUUAUGUCCAAACACGCAACUGCCGGAUAACUGGCAUCUAAUCUACCCAAUACGCAAAUACAGUCAUCUGAAGUGAAGUGGAGUGAAGAUUUUACCCUGAUGGAAAUUAACACACAACUAACUGGGGAUCUUUUUUUCAUGCAUAGCUUUUUUACCAUACAGUUUUGAAGGUUUAAUUUUUAUGAAUGUCAUCUAUUUAGUUGGUCCAUACUUUUGUUAAAACUUUUUGUAUUUUUCAACUUAUUUUGGACAUUAAUGUAAGAGAUUUUGAUAAGCGUUGUGAUUAUAAAAUAUUAAAUGUCUGCAUUUCUCUAACCUUAUUGAAAUUCAAAAUAAGGAAGGAGGUGAUGAGUGUUUGCACUAAUAUGUGAUUAUAUAUUACAUUUUAUAGCUUUUUAAUGGAAAUUUAAUGGAAUUUUUUUAAUAACAUAAAUGGGCCAGUUUAACAGUAUACAUAAACUCCUCAAAAAUAACAAACAUUAAUUUUUCAUUUAUUUUUGAUAUAUUGAAGAUUAGAUUAUAUAAGAAAAGAUAAGAUUAAUUAAAUCAUUUGUGUAUGAUUGUGUAUUUUUCUUAAACCAGCCACCCAAACAAUGUUCAAAUAUUGGCUAGGAGGUUUUAAUGUACCACAUAUCAUUAUGUAUGUUUGUAUGAGUCUUUCUUCCCACAUACAAUUUAGUGGAAUGCUGCUCAAGCAGAUCAACUUGAAUACUUCUUGUAAAAUAGUUUUCGUUUUUUGUUCCUAAUGGGUGAAUGUACAGUAUUUAGAGCCCUUUUCUUUAGCUUGUUUUGUAUUAAAUAAUUGUUAUUUUAUGUGAGUAUGAACCAAAAAAUGUACUAAAAUCUAAGAAUAAAUAAAUUGAAAAACUGUG